UCCAAUUGUCGAGUUCGGAAAGUUACUAACAGAUACAAAAUAUAAACAUGAGACAUAUAGGUUAAACGCAAAUUUAUUUAAAUAAUUUGAAAUGUACACACUUUUACACGGCUUAUAUAAGUACUUAGUACAAAAGGAUGAAUAUUUUAUAUUAAUACUUGGACUUGAUAAUGCAGGAAAAACUACGUAUUUAGAAGCAGCUAAAACUAAAUUUACAAAAAAUUAUAAAGGUAUGAAUCCAAGUAAAAUCACAACAACAGUUGGAUUGAAUAUUGGAAAAAUUGAUAUCGCUGGAAUUCGUUUUAAUUUUUGGGAUCUUGGAGGACAAGAAGAACUUCAGUCCUUAUGGGAUAAAUAUUAUGCCGAAUCACAUGCAGUAAUUUAUAUUGUUGAUUCAUCCGAUCGUGAUAGGAUACCAGAUUCUAAAGAAACCUUUGAUAGAGUAAUAUCAUCUGAACAUUUGAGAGGAGUACCCCUCUUAGUUUUAGCCAAUAAGCAGGAUGUUCCAGAUUGCAUGGGUGUUAGAGAAGUCAAACCAAUAUUUAAUCAAAAUGCACAUUUAAUUGGACGAAGGGAUUGUAUGGUAAUGCCUGUAUCAGCUCUUAAUGGAGAUGGCGUAGAUGAAGGUAUCCAUUGGCUUGUAGACUGUGUAAAAAGGAAUAGCGACGUUCGCCCCCCUCGAAGUCAAGACGAUAGUUGUUUAUCAUAACCACAACAUUCGUAUUUAAUCGUUAACUAUAUAUUGCAGACAAUACUAUUAAUCUUUUCCCGUAUGUGUUACGUUUGUAUAAAUAAAAUACAUUUUUUUUAAGAUA